AUGAAACUUGCCCACGACCCUUUCUUAAGUGGCUCACCAAUUCGUUUUUCCCUGCCAGCCAGUCACGAGUGCAUCUUCCCAAAUGCACCCGGGCGAAAUACAGUUCAUUCGGCAACAACAUUUCUCCCUGGCGAUUGGAUUCACAUGUGCCUCUGCAAAUGCGUCCAGUUAACUUGGCCCACUUCUAAAACUACCUGGGCCGACGUGGGUGUGAUUCCUCCCCAAGAAACUUGGUUCCGCACAAAUUCAGGCAUCGGAGAUGGGCCUUGGCGUGUGACCCUUGAAAAGGUCUGCAUCCCCCAUUUCCCUGUCCUGCGAUUGAACUUUUCAGCUGGGAACCUACCUCAUCCGUCUUUUCUGAGAAUUAAUGCACAAAGGGAGCAGAUUUUGUAA